CAGUGUGAUUGACUACGACAGUGCCUUGCCAAAGACAACGAGCGAGCGACGCACUUGCGGGAAUUCCUACUUUCAUAUUCCCCCAAAUACUGUACAGGAAAUACCCGAAUGCUAAUAUCUACUGGUGUAAUGUGAGCCGUUUGUUAUCUACCGCGUAUAUACAUUCUAGGAAUAGGUAAUGAAAAUCACAUGAAUUUCUACUUUCAUAAUUUCACGUCACGCCAAAUUUAAAAGCGAAACAAUAAACUGCUCAUUAUAUAUUGGUUACUGUAUGGACGUAGUCUUAACACGUACCCGUGUAUGUAAAACAAAGAUGUAUGUGUACCCAUCAAAGCUGAGAUUUGCACAAGACAGCAUAUGUCGGUAUUUCAGAAAUGGAUCAUCGUUACAAGACACGCUUGAAGACUUACUCGAGUCUGACUGUCCGGAAGAUUUCUUUCCACCAAUGUCUGUUAUGGAGCACCAGGGCAAGUAUUUUGUGGUGGAAGGAAACCGACGUUUGCUGCUUUUGAAGAUACUCGAGUCACACGGUUUAGUGGGGAAAGUUCCAGUAAAACUGUCACCAUUCAAUAGUUUCAAGUUCACUACCGAAAACGACGGUACGUGUAUCGAAGUGAGAGGGUACCCGGACAUGGAAGAGGAACUAGAGUCCAUUGUUGAAGGAGAACACUCGGAAUACGAGGAUAGUGAUGAUGAGACAGAUUUCGGAUUUGAUGACCUCGCUCUAUCUGACGAGGGCACUGAUUCACAGGAUGACUAUGACGGAGAUGAAGACACUGAACAAAGCGAGGAUGAAGAAGACGAUGAAUCAGACGACGAUGAAUCAGACGACGGGAGUGAUUCUGAUGAGACCGAUGAUGGUCGUGGUAGAGAUGAUGAAUAUGCAGAUGUAGAGGAGAGUGACACUGAGGAAUAUGACAGUGAGGGUGGAGAUUAUGACGACAGUGAUAGUGAGGAGGAGGAGGAGGAGGAGGAGGAGGAGGGGGGGCUAUUAUAAUCGUCAUUAUUACUAAUCGUAUAAUCGAUCGCACAUCAAGGUUGUUACAUCUACAUGUGCCUUUAGCAAUUGGUACAACAUCGAUCGUGAAUUGUCCUUUUUACGUUUUUGGUAUUUAAUAUAUUAUGGUAGUUACCUUUUUACUAUUUGCCUUGUAAUUGUUAAAAUUUGAUAGGAUGCAUACAUACAUACGUACAUACAUACAAUAUACAUGUAUAGAUAUACAUACAUACAAUAUAUAGAUAUACAUACAGACACACACAUCCCUCACUCCUUCCAUACAGGGCUGGACGUAGUCCAAUGGUAAAGCGUUCACCCGAUGUGCUGUCCGUCUAGAAUCAAUAUCCGUCGGUGAGCCCAUUAUGCUAUUUCUUGCUCCAGUUAGUGCACUACGACUGGUAUAUCAAAGGCCGCUAUCCUGUCUGGGAUGGUGCAUAAAAACCCCUUGCUACUAAUGGAAAAAUGUA